UUUCUCUCUCCUCAAAUGCGCAUCUCCCGAUGUACACGUAUUCACAGUUGCGAUGUGACUGACUGAACAUCUGAACUGCCUCCUGUGAGAAGUGACAAUUUUUUUUAAAAUUUUCUUCUACUCCCUAUUUGGGAUUUUAAAAAAGGUUGACCCUCGCACCAUCUCUGCGCGUGAAGAUAAUUUUUUUUUUUUUUUUUAUUUCUUUCCGCGAAGAAAGGAUAGUCAUUUUAUAGCGCGUUCGCUUCAGUAGCUUUUUUAACACCCACUCCAAGUCACACCGUUACUGCGCAGUUCGAUCAAUCCACUGCUCAACCGAUCCGCUGUUCGACCGAUCCACUGCUCAACCACUCCCACGUCUGCAACUCACCAUGGCGAAGAAGUCAAAGAAAAAUGCGGGGGAUAACAUUAACUCCAAGCUACAGCUUGUGAUGAAGUCGGGCAAGUAUCAGUUUGGGAGGAAGUCUUGCUUGAAGGCCCUGCGAACCGGGAAAGGCAAGCUCGUCAUCGUCAGCAGCAAUUGCCCACCCAUUCAGAGGAGCGUCAUAGAAUACUACGCCAUGUUGUCAAAAUGUGGGGUCCACGAUUACCAUGGGGACAACAACGAUUUGGGAACUGCCUGCGGAAAAUUAUUUCGAAUCAGCUGCCUGGUCAUCACGGAUGUGGGUGACUCGGACAUAAUUAAGACGAACGAGUAGAAUGGAAGGAGGCGUCUCAACACAGGGGA